CCGCCCGUCGCCUAUGUGAAGUGGAAGUUUCGUGCCUAGGCCUCGGGCAGCGGCAGUCGCUGAAGAGCAGCGGCAAGCGGCCGGCGGUCGCGUUCGCGGCCCACCCCGGGUUUGUUUUUUGGCUUCGAGAGGUUGAGCGAGGCGCGUUCCUGUCGGCGCGAUGCAGGAUACGAUUAAAAUGUGUUUGUGGCAGCUUGUGAUAGCGCUCUUAAUAAAUGGAGCAAGCACCUUCUAUGUACCUGGAGUCGCACCAAUGGAUUAUGCCAAGAACCAGUAUGUGGAAAUAAAGGCUGUAAAAAUGACAAGUUCUCACACCCAGUUGCCCUAUGAAUACUAUUCACUUCCUUUCUGCAAGCCACAGAAAAUAUUGUAUAAAACUGAAAACCUGGGUGAGGUGCUUCGUGGAGACCGGAUUGUUAACACGCCUUAUGAAGUGCGCAUGACUGAAAAGAAGGAUUGCAAGGUCUUGUGUGAUAUGCCUAAUGUUCCGGUUAAAUUAACUGUGGAGCAGAGCAAGCUCAUUGCCGAACGCAUCAAAGAAGAAUACUAUGUACACUUAAUUGCGGACAACCUGCCUGUUGCAACAAUCCUUUCUUUUGCUGAAAAAAGUGGUGAUGCUGAAAAGCCAGAACAGUUUGAACAUGGAUACAGACUUGGCUUCAUGGACAGACAGAAGGUGUACCUUCACAAUCACCUGAACCUGAUUCUGAGCUACCACAAAGAGACUGAGGAUGCCAAAUACAAAGUGGUGCGAUUUGAAGUCAUCCCACAAAGCAUCAAAUAUGAAGCCCUGAAUGCAGAUGACAAAGGAGAUUGCCAGAGUCCAGCAAUAUCAGGUGUAGAAGCUCAAGAGAUUGAUCCCAGCAAGGAAAACAAUGUCCUCUUCUCUUACUCCGUCAAAUGGAAGGAGAGUACAGUGAAAUGGGCAUCCCGAUGGGACACCUAUCUUACCAUGAGCGAUGUGCAAAUCCACUGGUUCUCCAUUGUCAACUCUGUGGUCGUCGUCUUCUUCCUCUCUGGCAUCCUCAGCAUGAUAAUCAUCAGAACUCUACGACGUGACAUUGCAAACUACAACCGGGAAGAUGACAUUGAGGACACUAUGGAGGAGUCUGGCUGGAAGCUUGUGCAUGGAGAUGUCUUCAGGCCUCCACAGUACCCGAUGCUGCUCUCUUCACUUCUGGGUUCUGGCAUCCAACUGUUUCUCAUGGUCUUAAUCGUUAUCAUCGUGGCAGGUCUGGGCAUGCUGUCUCCUUCGAGUCGCGGUGCUCUUAUGACCACCUCUUGUUUUCUCUUCAUGUUCAUGGGACUAUUUGGAGGAUACUUUUCAGGCCGACUUUAUCGCACGUUGAAAGGACAGCGUUGGAAAAAGGGUGCUUUCUGGACGACCACGAUAUACCCUGCAGUUGUGUUUGGAGUCUGCUUCAUUCUCAACUUCUUCAUCUGGGGAAAGCACUCGUCCGGUGCGGUUCCAUUCAGCACCAUGGUGGCCCUGCUGUGCAUGUGGUUUGGAAUAUCAAUGCCACUCGUCUUUCUUGGAUACUACUUUGGUUUCCGCAAGAAGGGCUACGAGAAUCCCGUCCGAACAAACCAGAUCCCUCGACAGAUACCAGAGCAGCGCUGGUACAUGAAUAAGUUCAUUGGAAUUCUCAUGGCUGGAAUAUUACCAUUUGGUGCUGUUUUCAUUGAGCUGUUCUUCAUUUUCAGUGCCAUUUGGGAGAAUCAGUUCUACUACCUCUUUGGCUUCCUAUUCCUUGUGUUUGUCAUCCUGGUGAUCUCCUGCUCCCAGAUCAGCAUCGUCAUGGUGUACUUCCAACUGUGCGCCGAGGAUUACAGAUGGUGGUGGAGGACAUUCAUUGUAUCGGGAGGCUCUGCCUUCUACGUUCUCAUGUAUGCCGUCUUCUACUUUUUCAAUAAGUUGGAGAUUGUGGAGUUUAUUCCUUCGCUCCUGUACUUUGGCUACACUGGACUGAUGAUCGUCACCUUCUGGCUGCUCACCGGAACAAUCGGCUUCAUCGCUGCGUACAUAUUCAUUCGUAAAAUCUACGCGGCCGUAAAAAUAGACUAGUCACGUGCGGCGAGGAAGUCAGGGUGUGGUGAGGGGUGUGGGGCUGGAGAGGCACAAAUUAUUGGCGUUGGCAUUUCCACUAAACAUGUCAAUAAAAAUGUCUUUUGACAUCCGUGUGCUGUCCAACAAAUGAUUUGUGUACAUUUUAAUACGGUGGAGACAAGAUCAUGUACAUAGUUGAUGAUAACCUUGGCUAGUUGUUGAUGUAUUGUGGGUUUUAGCCUUUUCUCGGUUUUCAAAGAAUAUGUAAAAAAAAUUAUAUUCUUUUAACCAUUUAAUUGAUUUGUUGAAGUUACAUUGCUUUUCAUGUUGCAUUUAGGGUUAUUGAAGGUCAAUUUUCGUUUGCAUUAAAGUGCUUUUUGUCUUUCCAUGGUAAAUUCCUGUGUGAUUCAAAGCAGGAACGGUCUUGGGAUAUUUUUUUCUGAUGAGUACUUUACAGUUAAAGUUGUAUGCACAAAUGUAUGAGAAAAUUCACAUAAAUACUUUGAGAAAAUUCUUUUGAGUUUUUUGUAUUGAAUCAUAAGUAUAUAUGAGUGAAACAUAUGCAUAAGGCUUUUUUAUUUGAAAAUAUUAAUGGCCCUGAUGAAUUGGUGAUCAGAGAUAUAUUCAGAAGUGUCUUCAUUAACAUUUAUACAGUUUUUUUGCAUCAAUGUUACUUCCUCUUGAAGGGAUUUUUGCAUAGCAGCAUAACCAGUGAAAAUCGGAACAUUCUAAGUCUGUAAUUAACUAUAGUAGAAUAUAUACACUAUAUGACAUUCACCCUCUAUGAAUCGUAAUACACAGGUAGCAUAGCUCUGAAUUUAACAAAUUAUUUGGUGAUAUUGUGUUGGCAGUGGUGCACAAAUGACUCAUUCGUCAACAAUGCAUUUGGCUAAGAUAUAUAAAUAGGUGACGGUUCAGCCAAUGGCCCUUCGUCGUGCACAGAGAGGCUACGAAGAAGGGCGAUGACCAAAAACGUGGCCGAGUUUUAGAUUUUUCCUUAUAAGGAAAUGUUAUUGAAUGCAUUUUUAAAAUAUGUUAAUGUUCUAUGAUUCACACAGCUACGAUUGACAGUUAAGAUUUACAGUAAAUUGGAUUACAGACGCAACAAAAUGUGUUGCGAUCACGAUAUUUAACUGGAUAUUUUGUUUCCUUGGUAAGUCAUUUUCACGACAAGUAUUAUUUUGCACGGGAUGUGCCUGUGCUAAUAAUAUGUGGAAUAGAUGUAUGAUUUUCCUCGUCAUUGGGUGAUGUGCCAGUGCAGACGUGUCCAUACGCCUUAUUCCACAGCAUGUUUCUAUAGAAGGGUUGAAGCAAUUCCCUAAACAGCCUCUGCAGCCCUUGAUAUUGCGAACAAUUGGGAAAAGCCCAUCUGCGCUUCCUCUCAUGAUACAGAAUCAGAAUCUUUUAUUUAUGCUGAAGGAAUCCGAUGAGCUAUAAAGCUCCAUUUCACACACGUCCAGUGGGGGCGGGUCAGAACGUGAAACAAACACAUUCCGUUUCCCAGAAUCUUUGGUUUGCACUGUCAAGGACCGCGAGGAGCUUUCAUUGCUCGCCUUGUGUUUUUCACGUGGGGGGGAGGGUUGUUAAAUACCCAGGUUGACGUUGCGCUUUCCUUUUUACUACAUGUGCAAAUUGGUAUGUAACUCUAGGAAGCAUGGGAACACCGCGUAAACGGUGAAAGGGGUAUCUUGUCUGUAGGUUAUGUUUAAUGGGGGGGGGGGGGGGGGAGUUCAACUGUGCUGCUGUUUUCUCUGUGUAUAAUACUGCGUUGAUUUAACCCGUCUUGGCAAAGUCCUGCGAGUCCCCAAGUUUGUUGAAAAGUUCGCAAUCCGGUACAGAUGUUAACGUGUGAAUUUGAGCAUCACAAAAUAAAGCACUGCAAGUACCGUUGACUUAGACAUACAUUUUUGUGAUAGGUUAACAUGCGAGGUGCGCUCAUUGGCCAAGACGUGUUAUUGACGUUUUCCACGAGACUGAUAUGUCAGCACUCCUGGUUCCCUGUAUGGCCAAUUGUAGCAAUAUUCCUGUCUUAGUAACACAUUCAUAAGGCGAUAGAACAACAUGUUCUAUGUACAUAUAAUUUGGGGAUAAACUGCUUUGGAAGUGGUAUAACAAGCAAAGUAACAAAAAAAACUCCACAUUCAUCAAUAGCACUGCCAUGAAGGGGAAACUUUAUAACAGGUGAAAUUCUGGGCAAUGGCCCUUUUACGUAGCACAAGGACACGUCUGAAAUGGCGCAUAUUACAUAUAUUUCCUUUUAUAAGGUAGUGUUAUUAAUGAAUGUGAUUUUUGUAUGUACAGUGUUUCAAAAAGCUCUAGCAUGUUACCACAUGUUUUAAGUAUUCUUCAUGGUUCAACAUGUUCUAAGUAUUCAAGACGUUAACCAACCACGCCUUUUCUCAUCUGUGCAUUCCUAUGCGAAGUAGUCUACAUCGCUUGUAAAACUAUCAGUAUGCCAACCACGUCUUGAUGGAGAGUUACGAGUUGUUUUUAAUCGUGUUAUGAUUCAUAAUCGUUUUUUUUUGGUUAGGCCACAAUGAUUUUAAUAACUGGUGGCUUACCUAUGAGCUGAAACAAUACUUAUUGGUCAGUUUAACACGUAGGCAUAUUAUUGGUGCGUUAAGCCCUUUGUACACGUGACAAUUGAAUGUUUGCCUGUCGGUGGUGGAGGCAGUUGGAAGCAGUCGCUUUCCAGCAACAACGGAGGGCAGAGGAGCGACGCUCACAACAACGAGCAGAGCGCCGGGCAGCGAAAAUGCAUCACGCUGGCAGAGUAGAGGGUACAGCUGGUGCAUCUAACAGUUCUCAGCCAACCCAUGGCACCUGGGUCUGUCUCGAGACUUCCUGUCGGCGAGCCAUCAACACGUCACGUGGCCUCAAAGUGCACCCAGCCUGGCACAGGCGCCGUGGGGACGUCACCGUCACUUAAGUGGCAAACGGCGGCUAUUGGUUUUGGUUGUACCACGAAUAUGGGCAGAUCAUUGUGGCCUUAGCCAAAAAUCAAUUGAAUCGAAUUCACUGCACAAAAAAAGUUAAGCAUGAGUUCACUGUCAAGAACCCGAUGACCUGAGUUUGAGUUCCAGCCACAGCUAACAUGAGUGGAGACUGAACCGGCCCUCCGUCACCCAAUCACCUCCACUGCUUACCAGCUUGGUGAAGUGUUCAAUCAACCCCGAUGACCAACAUGGGUUGGGGAGGCCUUUAUCCACCAGUAGAAUGCAAAAAAGGUUUUUAAGAUAAGACCAAACAGUGACAUGUAAUAUGUCGAUGUUUAUGAAUAAUGACAAGAUUACUGUACAGAUUUGAAUUAAAACGUCUGCCAGAAUGUUGGGUAACUCAGCUCAAUUAGCUUCUAUCAAAACGGAAAAAACUAAGACGCUACUAUGUUUAGUAUUGUACUUCGUUAUUUUUUUUUACCGUGAAACCUGCUUCUCGUUUGUAUGGAUACAACGAUUUGGUGUGCCUUAAACGGUUACCCUGCAAAAAUGUCGGAUUGGAUUGCCGUUACUGCCCAUGACAUGACCACCCAACAAUUGAAUGUGCCAUCUUUUUUUUCAUAUAGCCCUCCAAAACGGCAGGCUUUCGAUGUUCUGAUCCACACAGUUUAUAAUAUUAAUUGCAAACUUGUUUUCAAUGUCAAAGCAGUCACAAGGCUGAUGUAACGACUUGGUCCUUUCCAAAUAAAAGCAAAAAUACCCA